AUGGAACCCCCAGGACCUCCCAUGAUGAAAUCCCAACCCUUGCCCAGCAUAGUCUCUACACCUGUUGCACUUCAAAAGGAGAAUGUCACACCUGCUGCAUCUCAAAAGCCGACCCCAGCUCCAGCUAAACCCCAGAAGGAGGAGAUCCCUGUACCUGCGGCUGGCCAAAAAGAGAUCACUACACCCAGUGUGCCUCAGGAGACACCAAUUCCCGCUGGUACCCCAGCACCAAAUGCAGACAAAAAGGAGGAGACCCCACCACUAGGAUCCACACAAAAUAAACAGGCUUCACCUGCUGUGGCUGAGAAGGAGAAUGAAGAACCUAGAAUUGUACAGAAACCAGUGGACCAACCAAUUCCAGCCACACCCAAAACCAGUGGAGCUGUUGCAACUGUACAGCAGCAAGAAAAGCAAACUCCUGCUACAAAGGCAUCACAACAAGUACAGCCCCAGCAAGCUCCAAUGCCAGACCUCGAAACUGCUCCCCUAAAGGAGCCAAUGACUCCUGCUUCAGAGAAAGAGAAGAAGAACCUAGCACCAGGGUCACCACAGAAGGAGGUAUUUCCGGCAGUGGCUUCACAGCAGGACAAAACGCCAGUGGACAAAUCAACUCCAACCCCUGUCCAACAUCCUCCACACCAAGAGACUCCACAACAACAAGAGCAACAACCUCAGCCUCUAGCAGGGACACCGAAAGGAGAGCCCGGGAAGCCUCAACAACAGCUUCCAAAAGGUGGAGCCUCUCAUGCAAAAUCUGUACCACCACCACAGGCCCAGCCCACCAAGCAGGAGUCAGGAGGCUUCUUUGGCUUUGGUGGUGCUAAAUCUCAGCCUGCUCAGUCAAAGCCUGAAGACUCAGUGUCUGGGAAGAUGCUUGGCUUUGGCUCCUCUAUCUUCAGCUCGGCAUCCACUUUGAUCACCUCAGCUGUUCAGGAUGAGCACCGCACCACACCUCCAGCUUCCCCCAAGGUGUCUAUGACUCCUGCUUUAGUGAAAGAGACCCCAGCACCAGGCUCGUCACAGAAGAAGGAGGUAUCCCCGACAGUGGUUUGCCAGCAGGACCAGAAGUCAGUGGACAAACCGACUCCAACAGUAGUCCAACAACCUCCACAACAGAAGACUCUACAACAACAAGGACAGCCUCCGCAGCCCUCAGCAGAGGCUGCAAAAUCAGAGCCUGAUAUAUCAAUAAUUGAAGCUGCUAAAGCAGCAGACACUCAAAAUCCGGCAAGCCCAGUGCCUGCUCAGAAGGCUCCACUGGAGAACCGGAGAACAUCAGAACCUCAUAAACCACCACAGCAGCCCAUCCCUGGGCGUAGGGAGAGUAGUGCCUUCCCAGCCACAAAGCAACCCCCCAAGCAGGAAUCAGGAGGCUUAUUUGGCUUUGGAGGUCCCAAAUCUCAGUCUGCCUCCUCAAAGCCCGAAGAAUGCCUCCUGCAAACGAGACAAAACUACCUGCUGCUCAGAAAGCAGAGGAGAAGAAAGCAGCGCAACCCCAGAAGGCCAAUAUCCCCCCCAUCAGUACAUGCCAAAGUGGACAAACCCCCAUCAGCGCCUCCAAUGGGAGCAGCAUCCUCCCAACCAGCUCCCAAAGCAGGCCAAUCUACCUGUCCACUCUGCAAGGUGGAACUCAACAAGGGCUCCAAGGACCCUCCCAACUACAACACCUGCACAGAAUGCAAGAACACUGUCUGCAACCUCUGUGGAUUUAACCCCAUGCCACAUGAAACUGUAAAGGAAUGGCUCUGUCUGACCUGCCAGAUGCAGAGAGCACUUGGAGCAAUGGAACCCCCAGGACCUCCCAUGAUGAAAUCCCAACCCUUGCCCAGCAUAGUCUCUACACCUGUUGCACUUCAAAAGGAGAAUGUCACACCUGCUGCAUCUCAAAAGCCGACCCCAGCUCCAGCUAAACCCCAGAAGGAGGAGAUCCCUGUACCUGCGGCUGGCCAAAAAGAGAUCACUACACCCAGUGUGCCUCAGGAGACACCAAUUCCCGCUGGUACCCCAGCACCAAAUGCAGACAAAAAGGAGGAGACCCCACCACUAGGAUCCACACAAAAUAAACAGGCUUCACCUGCUGUGGCUGAGAAGGAGAAUGAAGAACCUAGAAUUGUACAGAAACCAGUGGACCAACCAAUUCCAGCCACACCCAAAACCAGUGGAGCUGUUGCAACUGUACAGCAGCAAGAAAAGCAAACUCCUGCUACAAAGGCAUCACAACAAGUACAGCCCCAGCAAGCUCCAAUGCCAGACCUCGAAACUGCUCCCCUAAAGGAGCCAAUGACUCCUGCUUCAGAGAAAGAGAAGAAGAACCUAGCACCAGGGUCACCACAGAAGGAGGUAUUUCCGGCAGUGGCUUCACAGCAGGACAAAACGCCAGUGGACAAAUCAACUCCAACCCCUGUCCAACAUCCUCCACACCAAGAGACUCCACAACAACAAGAGCAACAACCUCAGCCUCUAGCAGGGACACCGAAAGGAGAGCCCGGGAAGCCUCAACAACAGCUUCCAAAAGGUGGAGCCUCUCAUGCAAAAUCUGUACCACCACCACAGGCCCAGCCCACCAAGCAGGAGUCAGGAGGCUUCUUUGGCUUUGGUGGUGCUAAAUCUCAGCCUGCUCAGUCAAAGCCUGAAGACUCAGUGUCUGGGAAGAUGCUUGGCUUUGGCUCCUCUAUCUUCAGCUCGGCAUCCACUUUGAUCACCUCAGCUGUUCAGGAUGAGCACCGCACCACACCUCCAGCUUCCCCCAAGGUGUCUAUGACUCCUGCUUUAGUGAAAGAGACCCCAGCACCAGGCUCGUCACAGAAGAAGGAGGUAUCCCCGACAGUGGUUUGCCAGCAGGACCAGACGUCAGUGGACAAACCGACUCCAACAGUAGUCCAACAACCUCCACAACAGAAGACUCUACAACAACAAGGACAGCCUCCGCAGCCCUCAGCAGAGGCUGCAAAAUCAGAGCCUGAUAUAUCAAUAAUUGAAGCUGCUAAAGCAGCAGACACUCAAAAUCCGGCAAGCCCAGUGCCUGCUCAGAAGGCUCCACUGGAGAACCGGAGAACAUCAGAACCUCAUAAACCACCACAGCAGCCCAUCCCUGGGCGUAGGGAGAGUAGUGCCUUCCCAGCCACAAAGCAACCCCCCAAGCAGGAAUCAGGAGGCUUAUUUGGCUUUGGAGGUCCCAAAUCUCAGUCUGCCUCCUCAAAGCCCGAAGAGUCAGUGUCUGGGAAGAUGUUUGGCUUUGGCUCUUCCAUUUUCAGCUCUGCCUCCACUUUGAUAACCUCAGUUGUUCAGGACGAGCCCCGCACCACACCGCCAGCUUCCCCCAAGAUAUCUGCACUGGCCCAGACCUCUCCCAAGAUGCCUCCUGCAAACGAGACAAAACUACCUGCUGCUCAGAAAGCAGAGGAGAAGAAAGCAGCGCAACCCCAGAAGGCCAAUAUCCCCCCAUCAGUACAUGCCAAAGUGGACAAACCCCCAUCAGCGCCUCCAAAGGGAGCAGCAUCCUCCCAACCAGCUCCCAAAGCAGGCCAAUCUACCUGUCCACUCUGCAAGGUGGAACUCAACAAGGGCUCCAAGGACCCUCCCAACUACAACACCUGCACAGAAUGCAAGAACACUGUCUGCAACCUCUGUGGAUUUAACCCCAUGCCACAUGAAACUGUAAAGGAAUGGCUCUGUCUGACCUGCCAGAUGCAGAGAGCACUUGGAGCAAUGGAACCCCCAGGACCUCCCAUGAUGAAAUCCCAACCCUUGCCCAGCAUAGUCUCUACACCUGUUGCACUUCAAAAGGAGAAUGUCACACCUGCUGCAUCUCAAAAGCCGACCCCAGCUCCAGCUAAACCCCAGAAGGAGGAGAUCCCUGUACCUGCGGCUGGCCAAAAAGAGAUCACUACACCCAGUGUGCCUCAGGAGACACCAAUUCCCGCUGGUACCCCAGCACCAAAUGCAGACAAAAAGGAGGAGACCCCACCACUAGGAUCCACACAAAAUAAACAGGCUUCACCUGCUGUGGCUGAGAAGGAGAAUGAAGAACCUAGAAUUGUACAGAAACCAGUGGACCAACCAAUUCCAGCCACACCCAAAACCAGUGGAGCUGUUGCAACUGUACAGCAGCAAGAAAAGCAAACUCCUGCUACAAAGGCAUCACAACAAGUACAGCCCCAGCAAGCUCCAAUGCCAGACCUCGAAACUGCUCCCCUAAAGGAGCCAAUGACUCCUGCUUCAGAGAAAGAGAAGAAGAACCUAGCACCAGGGUCACCACAGAAGGAGGUAUUUCCGGCAGUGGCUUCACAGCAGGACAAAACGCCAGUGGACAAAUCAACUCCAACCCCUGUCCAACAUCCUCCACACCAAGAGACUCCACAACAACAAGAGCAACAACCUCAGCCUCUAGCAGGGACACCGAAAGGAGAGCCCGGGAAGCCUCAACAACAGCUUCCAAAAGGUGGAGCCUCUCAUGCAAAAUCUGUACCACCACCACAGGCCCAGCCCACCAAGCAGGAGUCAGGAGGCUUCUUUGGCUUUGGUGGUGCUAAAUCUCAGCCUGCUCAGUCAAAGCCUGAAGACUCAGUGUCUGGGAAGAUGCUUGGCUUUGGCUCCUCUAUCUUCAGCUCGGCAUCCACUUUGAUCACCUCAGCUGUUCAGGAUGAGCACCGCACCACACCUCCAGCUUCCCCCAAGGUGUCUAUGACUCCUGCUUUAGUGAAAGAGACCCCAGCACCAGGCUCGUCACAGAAGAAGGAGGUAUCCCCGACAGUGGUUUGCCAGCAGGACCAGACGUCAGUGGACAAACCGACUCCAACAGUAGUCCAACAACCUCCACAACAGAAGACUCUACAACAACAAGGACAGCCUCCGCAGCCCUCAGCAGAGGCUGCAAAAUCAGAGCCUGAUAUAUCAAUAAUUGAAGCUGCUAAAGCAGCAGACACUCAAAAUCCGGCAAGCCCAGUGCCUGCUCAGAAGGCUCCACUGGAGAACCGGAGAACAUCAGAACCUCAUAAACCACCACAGCAGCCCAUCCCUGGGCGUAGGGAGAGUAGUGCCUUCCCAGCCACAAAGCAACCCCCCAAGCAGGAAUCAGGAGGCUUAUUUGGCUUUGGAGGUCCCAAAUCUCAGUCUGCCUCCUCAAAGCCCGAAGAGUCAGUGUCUGGGAAGAUGUUUGGCUUUGGCUCUUCCAUUUUCAGCUCUGCCUCCACUUUGAUAACCUCAGUUGUUCAGGACGAGCCCCGCACCACACCGCCAGCUUCCCCCAAGAUAUCUGCACUGGCCCAGACCUCUCCCAAGAUGCCUCCUGCAAACGAGACAAAACUACCUGCUGCUCAGAAAGCAGAGGAGAAGAAAGCAGCGCAACCCCAGAAGGCCAAUAUCCCCCCAUCAGUACAUGCCAAAGUGGACAAACCCCCAUCAGCGCCUCCAAAGGGAGCAGCAUCCUCCCAACCAGCUCCCAAAGCAGGCCAAUCUACCUGUCCACUCUGCAAGGUGGAACUCAACAAGGGCUCCAAGGACCCUCCCAACUACAACACCUGCACAGAAUGCAAGAACACUGUCUGCAACCUCUGUGGAUUUAACCCCAUGCCACAUGAAACUGUAAAGGAAUGGCUCUGUCUGACCUGCCAGAUGCAGAGAGCACUUGGAGCAAUGGAACCCCCAGGACCUCCCAUGAUGAAAUCCCAACCCUUGCCCAGCAUAGUCUCUACACCUGUUGCACUUCAAAAGGAGAAUGUCACACCUGCUGCAUCUCAAAAGCCGACCCCAGCUCCAGCUAAACCCCAGAAGGAGGAGAUCCCUGUACCUGCGGCUGGCCAAAAAGAGAUCACUACACCCAGUGUGCCUCAGGAGACACCAAUUCCCGCUGGUACCCCAGCACCAAAUGCAGACAAAAAGGAGGAGACCCCACCACUAGGAUCCACACAAAAUAAACAGGCUUCACCUGCUGUGGCUGAGAAGGAGAAUGAAGAACCUAGAAUUGUACAGAAACCAGUGGACCAACCAAUUCCAGCCACACCCAAAACCAGUGGAGCUGUUGCAACUGUACAGCAGCAAGAAAAGCAAACUCCUGCUACAAAGGCAUCACAACAAGUACAGCCCCAGCAAGCUCCAAUGCCAGACCUCGAAACUGCUCCCCUAAAGGAGCCAAUGACUCCUGCUUCAGAGAAAGAGAAGAAGAACCUAGCACCAGGGUCACCACAGAAGGAGGUAUUUCCGGCAGUGGCUUCACAGCAGGACAAAACGCCAGUGGACAAAUCAACUCCAACCCCUGUCCAACAUCCUCCACACCAAGAGACUCCACAACAACAAGAGCAACAACCUCAGCCUCUAGCAGGGACACCGAAAGGAGAGCCCGGGAAGCCUCAACAACAGCUUCCAAAAGGUGGAGCCUCUCAUGCAAAAUCUGUACCACCACCACAGGCCCAGCCCACCAAGCAGGAGUCAGGAGGCUUCUUUGGCUUUGGUGGUGCUAAAUCUCAGCCUGCUCAGUCAAAGCCUGAAGACUCAGUGUCUGGGAAGAUGCUUGGCUUUGGCUCCUCUAUCUUCAGCUCGGCAUCCACUUUGAUCACCUCAGCUGUUCAGGAUGAGCACCGCACCACACCUCCAGCUUCCCCCAAGGUGUCUAUGACUCCUGCUUUAGUGAAAGAGACCCCAGCACCAGGCUCGUCACAGAAGAAGGAGGUAUCCCCGACAGUGGUUUGCCAGCAGGACCAGACGUCAGUGGACAAACCGACUCCAACAGUAGUCCAACAACCUCCACAACAGAAGACUCUACAACAACAAGGACAGCCUCCGCAGCCCUCAGCAGAGGCUGCAAAAUCAGAGCCUGAUAUAUCAAUAAUUGAAGCUGCUAAAGCAGCAGACACUCAAAAUCCGGCAAGCCCAGUGCCUGCUCAGAAGGCUCCACUGGAGAACCGGAGAACAUCAGAACCUCAUAAACCACCACAGCAGCCCAUCCCUGGGCGUAGGGAGAGUAGUGCCUUCCCAGCCACAAAGCAACCCCCAAGCAGGAAUCAGGAGGCUUAUUUGGCUUUGGAGCUCUGCCUCCACUUUGAUAACCUCAGUUGUUCAGGACGAGCCCCGCACCACACCGCCAGCUUCCCCCCAAGAUAUCUGCACUGGCCCAGACCUCUCCCAAGAUGCCUCCUGCAAAUGAGACAAAACUACCUGCUGCUCAGAAAGCAGAGGAGAAGAAAGCAGCGCAACCCCAGAAGGCCAAUAUCCCCCCAUCAGUACAUGCCAAAGUGGACAAACCCCCCAUCAGCGCCUCCAAAGGGAGCAGCAUCCUCCCAACCAGCUCCCAAAGCAGGCCAAUCUACCUGUCCACUCUGCAAGGUGGAACUCAACAAGGGCUCCAAGGACCCUCCCAACUACAACACCUGCACAGAAUGCAAGAACACUGUCUGCAACCUCUGUGGAUUUAACCCCAUGCCACAUGAAACUGUAAAGGAAUGGCUCUGUCUGACCUGCCAGAUGCAGAGAGCACUUGGAGCAAUGGAACCCCCAGGACCUCCCAUGAUGAAAUCCCAACCCUUGCCCAGCAUAGUCUCUACACCUGUUGCACUUCAAAAGGAGAAUGUCACACCUGCUGCAUCUCAAAAGCCGACCCCAGCUCCAGCUAAACCCCAGAAGGAGGAGAUCCCUGUACCUGCGGCUGGCCAAAAAGAGAUCACUACACCCAGUGUGCCUCAGGAGACACCAAUUCCCGCUGGUACCCCAGCACCAAAUGCAGACAAAAAGGAGGAGACCCCACCACUAGGAUCCACACAAAAUAAACAGGCUUCACCUGCUGUGGCUGAGAAGGAGAAUGAAGAACCUAGAAUUGUACAGAAACCAGUGGACCAACCAAUUCCAGCCACACCCAAAACCAGUGGAGCUGUUGCAACUGUACAGCAGCAAGAAAAGCAAACUCCUGCUACAAAGGCAUCACAACAAGUACAGCCCCAGCAAGCUCCAAUGCCAGACCUCGAAACUGCUCCCCUAAAGGAGCCAAUGACUCCUGCUUCAGAGAAAGAGAAGAAGAACCUAGCACCAGGGUCACCACAGAAGGAGGUAUUUCCGGCAGUGGCUUCACAGCAGGACAAAACGCCAGUGGACAAAUCAACUCCAACCCCUGUCCAACAUCCUCCACACCAAGAGACUCCACAACAUCAAGAGCAACAACCUCAGCCUCUAGCAGGGACACAGAAAGGAGAGCCCGGGAAGCCUCAACAACAGCUUCCAAAAGGUGGAGCCUCUCAUGCAAAAUCUGUACCACCACCACAGGCCCAGCCCACCAAGCAGGAGUCAGGAGGCUUCUUUGGCUUUGGUGGUGCUAAAUCUCAGCCUGCUCAGUCAAAGCCUGAAGACUCAGUGUCUGGGAAGAUGCUUGGCUUUGGCUCCUCUAUCUUCAGCUCGGCAUCCACUUUGAUCACCUCAGCUGUUCAGGAUGAGCACCGCACCACACCUCCAGCUUCCCCCAAGGUGUCUAUGACUCCUGCUUUAGUGAAAGAGACCCCAGCACCAGGCUCGUCACAGAAGAAGGAGGUAUCCCCGACAGUGGUUUGCCAGCAGGACCAGAAAUCAGUGGACAAACCGACUCCAACAGUAGUCCAACAACCUCCACAACAGAAGACUCUACAACAACAAGGACAGCCUCCGCAGCCCUCAGCAGAGGCUGCAAAAUCAGAGCCUGAUAUAUCAAUAAUUGAAGCUGCUAAAGCAGCAGACACUCAAAAUCCGGCAAGCCCAGUGCCUGCUCAGAAGGCUCCACUGGAGAACCGGAGAACAUCAGAACCUCAUAAACCACCACAGCAGCCCAUCCCUGGGCGUAGGGAGAGUAGUGCCUUCCCAGCCACAAAGCAACCCCCCAAGCAGGAAUCAGGAGGCUUAUUUGGCUUUGGAGGUCCCAAAUCUCAGUCUGCCUCCUCAAAGCCCGAAGAGUCAGUGUCUGGGAAGAUGUUUGGCUUUGGCUCUUCCAUUUUCAGCUCUGCCUCCACUUUGAUAACCUCAGUUGUUCAGGACGAGCCCCGCACCACACCGCCAGCUUCCCCCAAGAUAUCUGCACUGGCCCAGACCUCUCCCAAGAUGCCUCCUGCAAAUGAGACAAAAAUACCUGCUGCUCAGAAAGCAGAGGAGAAGAAAGCAGCGCAACCCCAGAAGGCCAAUAUCCCCCCAUCAGUACAUGCCAAAGUGGACAAACCACCAUCAGCAAAUCCAAAGGGAGCAGCAUCCUCCCAACCAGCUCCCAAAGCAGGCCAAUCUACCUGUCCACUCUGCAAGGUGGAACUCAACAAGGGCUCCAAGGACCCUCCCAACUACAACACCUGCACAGAAUGCAAGAACACUGUCUGCAACCUCUGUGGAUUUAACCCCAUGCCACAUGAAACUGUAAAGGAAUGGCUCUGUCUGACCUGCCAGAUGCAGAGAGCACUUGGAGCAAUGGAACCUCCAGGACCUCCCAUGAUGAAAUCCCAACCCUUGCCCAGCAUAGUCUCUACACCUGUUGCACUUCAAAAGGAGAAUGUCACACCUGCUGCAUCUCAAAAGCCGACCCCAGCUCCAGCUAAACCCCAGAAGGAGGAGAUCCCUGUACCUGCGGCUGGCCAAAAAGAGAUCACUACACCCAGUGUACCUCAGGAGACACCAAUUCCCGCUGGUACCCCAGCAACAAAUGCAGACAAAAAGGAGGAGACCCCACCACUAGGAUCCACACAAAAUAAACAGGCUUCACCUGCUGUGGCUGAGAAGGAGAAUGAAGAACCUAGAAUUGUACAGAAACCAGUGGACCAACCACUUCCAGCCACACCCAAAUCCAGUGGAGCUGCUACACCUGUACAGCAGCAAGAAAAGCAAACUCCUUCACUGCAACAGCCUGCUACAAAGCCCCCACCUCAAAUACAACCCCAGCCAGCUCCAAAGCCAGACCCCAAAACUGCUCCCUUAAAGCAGGAGCCUGGACAUUCUCCGCAACAGUUUCCAAAAGGAGGGAGCUCUCCUGCCAAACCUGUACCGGAAUCACAUGCCCCACCCGCAAAGCAGUCAGGGGGCUUCUUUGGCUUUGGUGGUACUAAAUCUCAUCCAAAGCCUGAAGACUCAGUUUCUGGGAAGAUGUUUGGCUUUGGUUCCUCCAUCUUCAGCUCUGCAUCCACUUUGAUCACCUCAGCUGUUCAGGACGAACCACUCACCACACUGCCAGCUUCCCCCAAGGUGUCUUUAACAGCCCAUGCCUCUCCCAAGAUGCCCCCUGCAAACGAGACCAAACCACCUGCUGCUCUGAGAUCAGAGGAGAAGAAAGCAGAGCAACCCCAGCAGGUCAAGGUUCCCCCAUCAGUACAUGCCAAAGUGGACAAACCCCCAUCAGCGCCUCCAAAGGGAGCAGCAUCCUCCCAACCAGCUCCCAAAGCAGGCCAAUCUACCUGUCCACUCUGCAAGGUGGAACUCAACAAGGGCUCCAAGGACCCUCCCAACUACAACACCUGCACAGAAUGCAAGAAUACUAUCUGCAACCUCUGUGGAUUUAACCCCAUGACACAUGAAACAGAGAAGGAAUGGCUGUGUCUGAACUGCCAGACCCAGAGGGCUCUCUCUGGACAACUGGGAGACCUGGGAAAGGUGGCCCAGCCCCAACCCAUCAAGACCCAGGCCCAGCCCACACCACUCCCUGUAGUCGCAACCACCAAGACAGAGCCCCAGCCUUUCCCUAAAACACAGCCCCCAUCCCAGGCUGUGCCUCUCACCUCAGUGCCCACUCUGCCUACACCAACACCUGCCCUUGCACAAAAGGAGCUGGAACCAAAGAUGGAAGUCCCCAAGGCUGAAGCUCCCAUGACAGUCGCCAAGGCUGAGGCUCCUGAGACAGAAGUCCGUAAGGCGGAGAUCAGCAAGACAGAGGCACCAAAAAUGGAGCCUUCUGUGGCAGAGUUUCCUAAGGCUGUGCUGCCUAAACCUGUACCACCUAAAUCUGAACCACCCAAAACUGAUGCUGCAGCAGUAGUGGCUCCAGUUGCCUCUGUCCUAGUGACUGAGGCCAUGACUCCUCCUGCUCCUCUGUCCACCCCAGUGGCUACUGCUGUUGCAGUCACUCCAGCCACUGUGGAGGAGAAGCCAGAGGCUGAGGCUCAACCAACAGAGCUACCUAAACCAGCAGAGGAGAAGGUUGAGAAGCAACCAAAACAACAGGAACCGCUUUAUGUUGAUCCACAACCAGUCCAAACUGAUAUUAUCAAGGAAGUGGCCACUCCAUUGGUUGAAAAGGUGGAUGAUGCCCUUCCUGAACCUCAGCAGAUACUCACUGAGAAGGAGACUGUGAAGGAGAAGGAGAAAGAGCCAACUGCAGCCUCCCUCCUAGCAGACCAGGUAGUAGCUGAGGUACCAUCCAGCCCAGACAGUUCAUUUGAGGCUGACAUCAAGCCUGAGGACUAUAGUGACAAGUCCCAGGAUGGACCAGACAUAUUUCCCAUCUCACAGGGCUCCUACACCUCCGAGGGGGAGCUGAAUGAGUUGCAGACAGUCAGAGAUGUCCCUAUCAUGGACACAACCCCUGACACAGCCAUGCCUGCCAAGGAGGAGGGGAAUGGGGCAAAGAGGCUUCUGAGUUAUGUGCCGAUGGAGGAGAGCAGUGGGAGUGAACCCUCUCCGUCGCCCAAGCUCCAGAGACGGAGGUUAAGUGCGAUAGCGGUCAGCACGGCAGCCUCAUCCAGCAGCGAGGACUACAAAGAUGACAGCCCUACAGACAGCCCUCCAGACAGCCCAGACUCAUUUGUGAAUGAGGAGGAGUUAAUACGCAGGCAGAUCAUGGGGAUGAUGGGAGAGGAGGAGAUGUCUCUCUCAGAGGAGGAGGAAAAAGAAGAGAAAGAGAGCCGAGUGGAGGAGACCAUGGAUGCUGUGGUGGAUAACACAUCAUGUAAAGACAAGCCUCUGUUAAAAAAAGGCAGUAUAGAUGAUGAAGACAGCCCAGCCAGGAUACCUUCUCUCCCAGGGUCUGAGCGUAAAUCUAUUGUAGAGAGUGCUGAACUCACUGAGCAAAUCACUGUGUAUAAGAAAGCCAUGCCCAUGACGCCGCAGAGAACGAAGAGCAUGGACGAUGGGGUUUUAGAGGUGGAGAGCAUCACAGAUUCUCUGGAGGACAGGUCCAAAGGUGAGGGGUCAUCCAGCGUCCAAGUGUCCAGCUUCACCCCUGGAACCUCCCCCACCUCAGCCUCUUCUCUGGAGGAGGACAGCGACAGCAGCCCCAGCCACAAGAGGAGUGGGGAGGGGAAACAGCCCCGCAAGGCCAAGCACAGGCAUACCGGCCAGCCAUUCCCCACCAUCGAGGACUCGUCAGAGGAGGAGGAGCUCAGGGAGGAGGAGGAUCACCUCAGGGAGCAGGAGAAACAGAAGGAUUUGGACCAGCAGCAGGGGAAGAGGAUCUCCAAGAAGUCCAAAAGGGAUAAAGAUGAUCUCCGAGCUCAGAGGAGAAGGGAUCUCCCUCUAACCUCACCCUGUAACCUAUCUUCCAUUGAAGACGCCUCUCCCACUGAGGAGGCAAGGCAGGCUAGGGAGAUGGAAGCGCUUCACAGGACAUCAGUCUCUGACUAUUUUCCUAGCAUGGAGUCUGAUUCAGACGCCUUUCACACAGAGACCAGGAUAGUUGUCCCUAAAGGACAGAAGUUCAGUACUGCAAAGCCACUAAAGAGUGCAGAGGAUGAAUAUGAGGAGAUGCUUCAGAUAGCUAGAUCUCCUAAAGGAGAGACAGAGCCAUUCCCUGAGAUAGAGCUACUUUACGAAGGCAUGGCCAUAGAGGACUACCUCUACGAAUCUCUAGUGGAGGAGCCUGAAGCUAAACAUACUUCAGUCCCACCGGAGCAGCCCAGUAAAGACCCCGCUAAAGAGCCAGGGAAGAAAGGUUUGAGGUCUCCUGAAGAGGUGUAUGAGGAGAUGAUGCUGAAGAAGAAGGAACUGAUGUUGAUAGAGCAGGAGUUUCAGAAGGUUCAGUCAGCUAUCAACACUCCUAAUCCUGAGAUACACGUUACUGCACCAUCCUCUGCUGCAGCUGAGAGCUGCAGUGUUGGUGAGGCCGAGGGAGAGAAGCCUAUGUUAGAUGCUGGUUCUACCUACGUUAAGAGGAAGAAACGUCCUGCUCCACCACGGCCCUCUGAACCUCCUAAACGGCCUGAGGUAGACGUUGCCAAGCCAACAGUUCCUCAGGAUAUGACUGUGAGGAGGGCUCUUUUCCCUAUACCGGACUUGAAGAUCACCCAGUGUUCCUCUGGAGAGGAUGAGACGGACGAUAGUAUAGUAGAGGAGUAUGGAGUGGGAGUGUCCUCUGAUAUUACCCCUAGUUAUGAGUCUGAGACUAAAAAGAGCAAGAGUCCACUUCAGUUUCAGAGCAUGCACCAACAACAGAGUUCUAGCCCCCAGUACGACCACCACACCUUCACAGGUCUCUCCAGUAUCACCUCCCACCUCACCAUCGACUCCAGACUCAAUUUUGGUCACAAUACAAGAUGUGGUGACAGAUCCAACCCAAGCACCAACACCAGCUACAACUACAGCCGAUGCUACAGCUUCUCCAGCCCAAGCCCCAGCCCCUGCCUCAACUCCUGUCUCAGCACCUGCCUCAGUGGUGCUCCAGUUGUAGUCCAAAUGCCAGACCUGGUUACCAUCACCUCUCCAGUUUCACCCCAAGCCCCACUACCUGUGUCAGCCCCAGCUCCUACCCAGGCUACAGUGGUGCAUUCAGUCCCUGUCCCGGCUGCUGCUCCAACCCCAGUAGUAGUCCCAGCUGCACGGACACCCCGAAUCCAGAGACAAGCCUCCACCAAAAAGCCCCACCUCCUCCUCCACCUCGCUCUAUGUCAGUCUCCCUGCCCCAGACCUCAGCAGAGCCUACCUCAAUCAGGGCUGUCCAACAUGUCUCCCCCGACCAUGACCACCGCUAUAGCCAUUGGAGCAGGUCUGCCUAGCCAGCCCAUACAGUCUGUGGUGGUGGAUAUACAGCCGCAGGUGGAGCAGGUCAGGCCAAAGGGUGGUGCUGACCCUCAGGUCAUGAUGACCCCAACCAGACAGGGGCAUGUGGUCAUCAUAGUUCCUAAUGUGGAGAACAUGUCGGUGCUCAGCCAGUCUACCCAAGACCUUGUGGCAUACUCAGUGGCAAUAACUACCACUUCUACUGUUGAUAAAGGCAGUAGUCUGAUGGCAGCAGGGCCUGUGGUUGUGAGUGUUGCUCCUUUCCCUACUGCUCCCUCUGUUCCUGCUAUACCUAGCUCAGACACAUGUAUACCUGUGGCAGAUACACCACCACCUCCUCCUCCUCCCACUCCUCCACCACCUCCUGCCACCUUACCCAAGCCAUCGGUUUAUCCCAAAAAGCCUUCUGUUUCCACCCCACCUUCAGUCCCAACCACAGUACCAGUCUCAACUGCUGUGACAAUGGCACAGGCAACUGUAACAACCACAGGCCCCAGUCCAGUACACAAGACAUCUGCACCCCCUCCAGUCCCUCCCAAGCCGGUGUCCAUCCCUGCAGGGCUGGUGUUCAGCCACCGUCCAGGGGAAAGCAUCAAACCUCCAGUGGUUCCCACCGCUAGCCACACACUUCCCAGGACCAGAGAAGUGGUACCAAACGCCAGCAUAGCACAGCCAUUCACAGCCACAACACUGCCCAGGACCAGAGAACCUCCCAAUGCCCUGUAUCUGAGUCUGACCACCCCAGUGGAGCCCAAGAUGAGUGCUGCCUCGCCCAGGUCCCCUCUGUCUCCGAGCCUGGCACACCCACAGAGGGCAUCACUGUCCAAGCCCCCCAUCAGGAGAGGAUCCAUCCCCUCCACUAUGCAGACAUGCCCAAGGGAUAGGACUACACCUUCAGAACAACAGUCACCCAUUACGGCCUUCUCAGCCCAGGCCACUGUCAGGAGAGCGUCAGUUCCCUCAUUGAGGCAGCUGCCACCACCAACAGCAGCAAUAGUACCAGUCGAAGUAGCAGCACCCCUAGAGGGAGUCACUGCAACAGCAAGGCGGCCUUCCAUGCCAUCAGCUAUGCAGCCUCCACACGGUGUGGCUGAGGUGGUGACCAUUUCAGCAGGGUCGGAGAUGCCUAUUCAGGUACACAGUGUCAGAGCUCCAAUAAAGAAACCGUAUAUACCUCCAACAUCCCAGCCACAACAGAACGUGUCUGAAGUUACGACAAUGCCAUCAGAGCCACAGGUCCCUGUAGAAGUGUCUGCAGCUCAAGCUUUUGGUAGAAGGGCAUCAAUACCUGAUGUACCUCAGCAGCCACAAUAUGUGACUGAAGUAAUGGAAUUACCAGCAGAGCAGGUCAUACCUGCAGAUGUAGUUUCAACUGAGGCCAUGCCUGGAAGAGCAUCAAUACCAUCAGAAAUGCAACAACCACAAACCAUGGGAGAGUUAUUAGCAAUGCCCUUAGAAGCUAUGCCCCCAACCAUCCAUCAGUCAGCAUCACUGACAGAAGUGGUUUCAACUGAGGCUAUCUCUAGAAGAACAUCAAUACCAUCAGAAAUGCGGCAACCACAAACCAUGGCUGAGGUAAUGCCAUUGCAGCAGGAGAUACCUACCGAAGCAAUCGCCAGCCAAGUCCAUGUAGAAGCUACACCCUCAACCAUGCAUCAGUCACCAUCACUGACAGAAGUGGUUUCAACUGAGGCCAUCUCUAGAAGAGUGACAAUACCAUCAACAAUGGAGCAACCACAAACCAUGGCAGAGAUAGCAGCAAUGCCCUUACUGCAGGAGAUACCUACUGAAGCUAUUGCCAGCCAAGUCCAUAUAGAAGAUACACCCUCAACCAUGCAUCAGUCACCAUCACUGAUAGAAGUGGUUUCAACUGAGGCCAUCUCUAGAAGAACAUCAAUACCAUCAGAAAUGCAGCAACCACAAACCAUGGCUGAGGUAAUGCCCUUACAGCAGGAUAUACCUACCGAAGCAAUCGCCAGCCAAGUCCAUGUAGAAGCUACACUCUCAACCAUGCAUCAGUCACCAUCACUGAUAGAAGUGGUUUCAACUGAGGCCAUCUCUAGAAGAGUGACAAUACCAUCAACAAUGCAGCAGCCAAAACCCAUGGCAGAGGUAGCAACAAUGCCCUUACAGCAGGAGAUACAUAUCGAAGCUAUCACCAGCCAAGUCCAUAUAGAAGCUUCACCCUCAACCAUCCACCAGUCACCAUCACUGAUAGAGGUGGUUUCAACUGAGGCCAUCUCUAGAAGAACAUCAAUACCAUCAGAAAUGCAGCAACCACAAACCAUGGCUGAGGUAAUGCCCUUACAGCCGGAUAUACCUACCGAAGCAAUCGCCAGCCAAGUCCAUGUAGAAGCUACACUCUCAACCAUGCAUCAGUCACCAUCACUGAUAGAAGUGGUUUCAACUGAGGCCAUCUAUAGCCUCGCAUCAAAACCAUCAUCAAUGCAGCAGCCACAAACCAUGGCAGAGGCAGCAGCAAUGCCUUUACAGCAGGAGAUACCAUCAAUACCAUCAGCUGCACCGCAACCACAAGCAUUGGCCGAAGUGAUGACUUUGCCUUCAGAGUAUGAAAUGCCUACGGAAGUUAGAACAACUGAGGCCACUACCACUAGAAGGACAUCCAUAUACUCUGUAGCACAACAACCAUACACAGUUGCUGAAGUAACGGCUUACCCAUCAGAAUAUGAAACACCCAUCCAGGUGGUUACAACUGAGGCUAUUUCCACUACAAGAAGAGCGUCUAUAACCAUGCAGCAACCCCUUAGUAUGGCCCAGGUUAUCACAAUGCCUGCAGAGCCAAACGUAGAGGCAUAUGCUGCCCAAGUCCCAUACAGGAGAGGAUCCAUCCCCUCAGCAGUGCAACCACCACAGGCAGUACCAGAAGUGCUGACUUAUUCAUCAGCGCAUGAGACCCCCCUGGAAUUCAUUACAACUGAAGCCUACACCAGGAGAAUGUCAGUUCCAUCUAUCCAGGAGGUUCCCGAGACCGUCCCGGUGGCUCCAGUCACCAUCACCAGGAAAUUCCACCAUGAGUCAAUUGAGAGCCAGGAGAUCUAUGGGCCUGAGAAGGUGGUGAACAGCCUGAGCCACAUGUACUCCUCAUCUAUCUCCACCUCAGCCCAGCCCCCGGAGAGCCUGCCCAGCCUGGUCACUCAGGUGGUCACCACCGAGGUUCAGAGAACCACUGUGUCUUUGGUCCAUGAGAGGCUGCCCCAGGUACCUGCAUCCAAUGGAGUGGCCAUCACCAUCCAGCCAGACUUGGUUAAAGUCCAGCACUCUCCCAAACAGAACGGGAAGAUCUACUCCGGUGAUGCCAUUGACCUCCGCACCAUUAAGGUUGGCGUGAAGAUGACCGAUUCAGGGAUGGACUUGACGUCUCAGGAAUCAAGUCGCCAUUACAUCUGUAGCGACUCUAGUGGCCGACAUACAGCAGUGCAGCCAGAGAUAGUGAACUUGAGUGCUGAGAUCAUCCCUUCCACUACGCUGUCUGUUGUCACUGAUAGCAUCACUAUCGUCACCUGUUCAGACACCAUUGAGUCCUACAUCAGCGAGCCAGCAGAAAUACCUUUAGAUCUGCAGCGUUAUGUUGCCUCCAUGCCUCUCCCUCUCACCACAUACAAACCAUUCCAGCCUCUGGCACAGAUAGUGUACAGGCGGGUGGACUCUCCGCCUAUCAUCAACACAGUGUUAGCCACAGACACAGAGACACCAAUCAACCUGUCUUAUGGAGCCUCCAUGGUAAAUAGCAGACUUCCAGUGACCAUGGCCCCCGCUAUCACCAACGUGGGGGACAUGCUCUCAGAGCCAGCAGGGGCUGUGGAUCUGUCCACCUCUAGACCCCUCAGGGCCAUGGUGGCUCUGUCUGGCAAGAGCCCUGGUGUGGUGACCACAGUCAUAGAGGAUGAUGGGACACCCAUAGAUCUGACAGCUGGCAGGAAUGUGUGCUGUGAUGUCAUCUACAAGCUACCCUUCACAGGGAGCUGUAGGACCCAGCCGCCGGUUAAUACCCAGCCUGACAACCGCUUCGGCUACAGAGACGACCACUACCAGUAUGAUCAUGCUGGGGUUUAUGGCAUCAAGGGCCUGAACGGCAAGGCCAUGUCUGAGACCAACCUGGCUGAUGCAGGACUGUUCCUCUAUGAUGGAAACACCAGAUAUAACUAUAACGGAGCCUCGGACAGUGCAAUAGACCUGACAUCUGCUAAUAUGUCCGCAGGUGAAGCUCUAGACUACACCAGUAAAGCUGCUGGGGCGUAUACGGGGAUAUCCACUGCUCCAUAUUCCCAAGUCCCUGCUUAUAGUGUCUUUAGAUCCUCAGACGGAAUGGUAUACUCCUCCAUAGCAGCCCCUGUUCCUUCUACAUACGCGAUCACCACUCAGCCAGGUUCCAUCUUCAGCACCACCCUACCUCCUACCACAACCCUCCAGGAGCAGCCAGCACCAGCUCCACACCCCUAUGGCUUUAUUCCCACCAGCGACCCUGGCCAACAGAUUAUCAGCUUGGACACUAGCCUGCCCAAGGACCUGCUGCCCAGUGCUCUGGCUGACAUCAUGACUGGCUUCCCUGACCUGUACUCUGACCAGACACUGGAGGCCAUCGCAGCCUCUCUGGACGCCCUGGCUUCAUCGCCCAUGUUCCCCGGUCUGGAUGACAGCAAGAUCACCCAGUACCAGAUGGAGAGGGAGUUCCUGGAGCUGGAGAAGCUGAAGCAGCUGUGUCUGGCUGAGGAGCUGGAGUGGGAGAGGCAGGAGAUCCAGCGCUACCGUGAACAGGAGCAGAUCAUGGUGCAGAGGGAGCUGGAAGAGCUACAGGCUCUGAAACAGCAGCUGUUAAUGCAACAGGAAGAGGAGCACCAGGCACAACUUGUAGCCCAGCAAGAGACCUACAACCAGCAGAGGCAACAGUUAGAGCAGAUCCAACAACUCCAGGUGCAGCUCCAGCACCAGCUAGAUGAGCACUACAGUACUACAGGGUCAGACAACCUGCUAGAGAAGCAGUAUACAGGGGUUGGGGAUAACGGCCAAUACUGGCCUGUUAGGGAUGAGUCCACCACCUCAUCCACUGUUACCCAGCUAGAGGGUGGGCAGUAUGUAACCAGCGAGGGUCAGAGAGAGAGUGGAGGUCAGGACCAGCUGCAGCUCAGUAGGAAACAACCAGCAGGGUCUAACCAGCCUGGUGACCAGGGGUAUGGUACAGGAGUGGUAGGGAAGAGGAUAGUGGACAGUGGGGUCCAGACAGAUGAUGAGGACUCAGUAGACAGGAUGUAUGUAGGGAGGAGAAAGAGGAACAACAGGAGGGGUGUAGACAGCAGUGUUCAGACUGAUGAUGAGGAGGACCAGGAGGUUGACUGGGACAUGCCAGCCAGGUCGCGGAGGCGCUCCCGCUCCAGUAAGCACAGCGGUGACGGGAAACACGGUAGCUCUAAGGUCUCCAGCAUUGCCAUCCAGACUGUUGCAGAGAUCUCUGUCCAGACCGACCACUCCGGGAGCAUCAAACGCCCCAGCAUCCAGAUGGACACUAAGGUGGAGAUCAUCAAACACAUCUCAGCCCCAGAGAACUCUCAGAGAGGAGGCAGUCUCAGCUGCCAGACAGACUCAGACCGGAGGCGCCAGACAGACAUCAUCCCCAAGUCCCCCAAGGUGCUCUACUCCCCUGCGUCCACCCUCUCCUCCAGUAAGGCCAUGGAGGGAGGGCAAAAGAUGCUGACCACUGACCCGACCAAGUUUUCCUCCAGCCCUAGGAUGCUGAAGCCUGGACAGAAGUCUAUGUCUGACCCAAAAUCUCUCAGCCAUACCACCGAGGACAGGAUAGGCUACCACUACUCAGACAGCUACUCUGGCCAUGGCUCUUCUUCAGGCACUGGAAAGAAGGUGAAGAGGACCCUUCCCAACCCACCCCCUGAAGAUGACCCUCUGACCGGCCCGUCGGGUUACAGCACCAACUCAGCCCGCCGCCGGCUUGGCCGUCACACCACCAUGGCCCGGGCCAAGAUCCUGCAGGACAUUGACAAGGAGCUGGAUCUAGUGGAGAGAGAGUCAUCCAAGCUCCGCAGGAAACAGGCCGAGCUAGAUGAGGAGGAGAAAGAGAUUGAUGCCAAGCUGAGGUACCUUGAGAUGGGCAUCAACCGUCGUAAGGAUGCCCUGCUGCAGGAGAGAGAGAAAGAGAGAGGGCCUACCUGCAGGACUGAGGCUGACUCUCAGUACUCCACUCUAGCCAGUCCCUACUCCCACUAUGCCCAGUAUGUCCCCCAGACCAAUGCCACCAGCCACUACCCCCAGCAGACCCUCUACCAGCAACAGGCCCUCUACCAGCAGCACCCCUACCAAAGUCAGUCAGUCUACUCCUCUGUACCCAGCCUGUCCUACCCCCUGGCCUCCCACUCCCACCAGCAGGCCCAGUCCUCAGGCUACCAGUCCAAGAACACCACCAACUAUGAGGUGAUCCGGAACCAGCCCAUCAUCAUUGUACCCUCCUCCAGUGAGGGGGUGGGUAUGGGGUUGGGAAGUACAACAGCCUGGAACUGA